ACUGGAAAGCUCUUUGUUCUAUAUUUUCUGAUUGAUUGCCUCCUCCCACACCCAUGCUUCUACCUUUACUGAGGGUAUAAAUUGCUUCACGAGUUCAGCCCAGCCAGAGCCAACAUGAAGACAGCCACAGUCUUUGCUCUGGUAGCUUUGAUUUUCAUGACGAUGAAUACUUCCUGGGCUCUGUCUAAUUCCAAAAAAAAACCCGGAGCUUGUCCUAAGCUGCCCCCACACAACGUUGGAACUUGUGAUGAACGAUGCACAGGAGAUGGAUCAUGCUCUGGCAACAUGAAGUGCUGCAGCAAUGGCUGUGGUCAUGUCUGCAAACCUCCUGUCUUUUAGCCAUGUGGAAGAUGGAUCUUUACAAGCAUGACUGAUGGCCAGCCCUGGAAGAUUAUUUUUAAUCUACAGAGCCCAUGCUUGGCUCCUCCUUAGACCUAGAAUUGCAUCCUUGGAAGAGGAAGAUCUGUACUGUGGUGGCAGCUUCCUAAUGUGUUUGUGUCUAAAAUAAACUCUCCUCAGCAUUCUUCCUGUUGAAGAUUUCUUA